UGAUAUUUACCUGUGCCAUCUAAAAGCAGUGGUGUUUUUGGAAUUCCGUAUUAUAAUAUAACACCACUUGCUACGUUGUCACGCUUCUUGCCAUAUUUUCUCUCAUCGGCGAUACCAAGCUAAUUAGAGAACCUCUUCCCACCUCCCAAUUACUUUUCUAUUCCCGGUAGCCUACCAUGUGUAAACAAUACCACUACCACUCCAAGUGCCCCACGACCAACUGCGAGUCUAUCCUCGGCUAUAAGAAGCGCAACCGGUACUGUCCCGAAGCUCUCAAAGCUAGGCGCCUCGGACGCUGCUCAACAGGCAUCCAAAACGCGGGCGAAUUCCGCAUCGUGGACUCGACAGCGUGUUGCGACGCCUGCAAGCAGCAAGCCAAGAUAACCCGCCAGCGCGAACAGCAGAACGAGCAGCAGGUCCCGGACCAGAGCAACAGUGACUAGGAGAACAACACUGGUAUCGGGAUCUGGUCUAGCUUCGGCUUCGUCGCAAUGCCUAAGGCUAAGCCCAAACCCCCGUCCCAACCUCUCAUCCCAGCCCAGUCCAAACC